AUGGCCAAAGUGAACCUCUGCUUCGCAAGGGUGCCUGGGGCAGAGUUUCAAGCUGCCAAGGCCAAGCGAGCUCCAGAGCCACGUCUUGGCCCAGGGCAGAGCCUCCCGAUCCUCGAGGAGGAGUCUGAGGCCCUUGGCUGCCUCGGCCUCGGCGAGGCCUCGCCGUCCCCGUCCCCAGUGCACAAGACGGAGCCGCCAGCCAUGGCGCUUGACCUCGGGGUCAAGGCCUUGACGACGAAGCCUUGGAAGUCCAACCUCAGCAUCAAUCUGCCCGAGUGCAAGCCUUGGGCUCGGACCCUGCAGACCGUCCAGGACAAAAUCGUCUCGGACGAGCGUAGGCAUACCAGUCAUUCCGAGCUGUUGAAGGCCAACAAUCAACGUAUGCAAGACUUGAUGGCAUACAUGCACCAGGAGAUGCGGGGGCAGUUCUUAUCGAAGGUGCCACUUUUGUCAGACAAAGUUCUGGAUGCCAAGACGCAGUUUCGGCUGGUCAGCUGCUUGAAGCCACAGACCUUCGUGCCGGGGCAGCACAUCAUUACGGAGGGGGAGGUGGGCGACAAACUUUACAUCAUCGAGCGGGGUGUCUGCGAAGUGCUGAAGAAGCUGAAUGGCCGUGAGGUGACCAUCGGCCAACUCAGCAAGGGCGCCUUCUUCGGAGAGAUUGCCGUCCUGUAUGACAUGCCCAGAACUGCAACGGUGAAAACUCAAACUGGGGUGAUCGCCCUCGCUCUGAGCAGAGCUGACAUCCUGCAGCAGCUGAGUGCAGAGGACUUAGAGCGCAUGAAGCUCAUUGCACGAACACAGGUCUUCGGCAGCGUGCCGUUGCUUGCGGACCUGGAUGCUGAGAAGAAGGCCAAAGUCGCCCAUGCCCUGAAGAGCCAGAAGUGGCACAAAGGAGCACUCCUGGCUGGCCAAAAUCACAUCACGUCUCGAAUGUACAUCAUCGAGCAGGGAAACAUCGUCAUGAUCCCUCCCAAGAGGAACCGGUCCGGAGCUGCUGCGGAGGAACUGCGCUUGGGACCUGGGCAGUACUUCGGGAUGAGGGGAUUGCUUUUUGAAGCACCGAUGGGCUUCACUGUGACAGCCGACAGUGAUGUGGUCAUGACGCUCUCCAUCAGCUAUGAGGAGCUGGUAAACACUGCUGGCCAAGAACUCGCGCAGAGACAAGAGAUGGCAGCGAGACUACACAGAUCCAUCCGGGCCCACUUAGUACGGCAGAUUCCUGCCAUCAAGAGAUUAGCGGAUGAGAACUUCGAGGCUGUUUUCAAGCAGGCAGAGGAGGUUAAGUUCUCCAAGUGGAAUGUGAUCUUCCCGCAGAACUCCAUGUUGAGAUACGUCUACGUAUUGGAGUCUGGCAAGCUCGCCGAAUACAGCGGCCUGCUGGAUCAGCUGGUGGAGAGCAAUGGGCAGGUUGUUUUCAAGAAGUGGAACGUCAUAGCGGACAAGGAUGCGAGCUCGGAGUAUGUGUAUCAGCUCAAGUCUGGAGAGGUGGCGGUCUACGACGGUGAACUUGGGGAGCGCCGACCCUUCGAUUCGAAGGUCAGCCCGGCCGAGGCUGCCAGAUUGGAUGUCAACUGCCCCGAGCAUGUGACACCUGGAGAGUACUUCGGGGCUGAGUGUCUGUCCAGCAAAAGUGCCAUUGCACCCUACACCCUGGUUGCCCUGACGGAUGUGACGCUGAUACGCUUCCCACCGAGUUCUAUAUGGGCCGUCCAGGAAGAGCAGCGACAGUUCCUUUCAAGGAUCCAGCUCUUCUCCGAAGACGUCCUCACCAAGGAAGAACAGUUUAUGCUCGUCGGAAAGCUCAAGCCCUGGAACUUUCCUGCGGGAAGAUACAUCAUCCAAGAAGGGGAGAUUGGCGACAUGCUUUUCAUCAUCGAGAGGGGUGUGUGCGAUGCCUGCAAGCUGUUGAAUGAUCACGAGGUAGUACUCACCCAGCUCAAGAAGGGCGCCUUCUUCGGUGAGCUUGCGACGAUGUUUGACAUGCCAAGAACUGCCUCUGUGCGUGCGGCGACGCACGUGACUGCACUCUCGCUCACCCGGGAGGACAUCUUUGGCCUCAUCGGUGAGGAGAAGAUCGCAAAGAUGCAGAUUCUGGCAAAGGCUCAGGUGUUUGGCAGUAUCCCAAUCUUGACGGGCCUCACAGCAUCUGCCAAGAACACCAUUGCGCGAAGGCAGCUGGCGGGCACACAGUUGCUCGUUCACAGGAAGUCUUUGUGGCAUUCGAGUCUUUGGAUCUUGACCCGGCAAGCAUCUGUUCUGAGCACUGAUGGCUCAAAAGCUGCGGAGCUGCUACUGUAG